GCGGGACAAGAGCGCAUCGGCCCAGGUGACCCAACGGCAGCCACCCCUGGGCGUUCACCCAGGACGCCGACGCCGACGCCAGGCGCAGAAACUCAGAGCGGCUGCGGGAGUCGCGGAGGACGCGCGGGGGCGGGGCCGGAGAGGAGCGCAAACGCGGAACCGUGGGGCGCCGCAAAGCUCGCGCUCGGAGCCCUCGCGCACUGCCCCCGCGGGGGGAGCGGCGCGCCUGGGGCUGGGGGUCCCCGGAGCGAGGAGGAGGAGGCCCCGACUCGCAUGGGUGCCACAUGUCCUACCCCUACAUCUGUUGAACAUGCAGACAUCCAGGUCAAGAGUUAUAACUUGCACUCCAGGGAGAGAUACGUUUGUAACUCUGGGUUCAAGCGGAAAGCUGGCACAUCCAGCUUGACUGAGUGUGUGUUUAACAAGACCACAAACAUUACCCACUGGACAACUCCCAAUCUCAAGUGCAUCAGACAUCCCUCCCUGCCUCACCAAAAGCCAGUGCCACCCUCUGCAGUAGUGACGGCAAGGGUGACCCCAGAACCAGAGGGCCCCUCCCCUUCUGGAAAAGAGCCAGCAGCUUUAUCUCCCAAGUCAGAUACCACAGAGACAGCCACUGUACCAAGGCCCUGGCUGAUGUCAUCCAAACCACCUUCUGUAGACACCACGGGGGUAGGCAGUCAUGAGCCCUCCCAAACCCCAUCUCAGACAACAGCAGUGACCUUGGAGCACAUGCCCUCUACUUCCCACGAGACACCAGGUGCUCGUCAACACAGCUCCAGAGAAGGCAUAAUAGCCGGCUCAACAUCUGCUGUGAUUAUCGUAGUGUGUGUGGUAGCCCUGCUGGUGGCGAGUUACUGCAGAUCAAGGAGUGCUUCCCAGCUACGUGCUGUGGAAGUGGUAACUGCAGAAGCAAUCCCAAUGACUGGGGGCACCAGCAGCAGAGAGGAAGACACCAUCAGCUAUCCACCCAGCCUCUGAAACUCAGGAAAACCAGCCAGGCUGAGUCUGUGGCAAAGGAGCCAGCUCUGCGUUAGCUGAAAUGGGCCUGGAAGACGCCAGGAGAAAGCCCAGCAGGCCAGCCAGGUCUCUGGCCUGAUCUGGACUGUACCUGGCACAUCCCAGCGGACCCAGCAGGCUCUCCAGCACUAGUGGAUGCUGCCUGGCUGGCUGGCCUCAGCAUACAGCCAGCUUCCUAAGGUCCAAGCUGCUGCAGCUCUCCUGGGAGAGGCUGAAGGUCUUCCUGAAGGCCUCCCAUUCCCCUCUGACAUUGGUUCUGGACCGCUUAUCCACUCGACUGUCUACUCCAUACCUCAUCCUGACUUGCAGUCUACAGAGAACAGGAAUGUACUUGGGGCUCUGCAGCCAUUACAAGUCUUGUCCUCACUUGAGAAGACACCAGCAUUUGAGUUCCUCAGAACUCUCCUGCAUGUACUGAAAGGGAGCUGAGAAAGGUAGUAAAUGUACUGAGCCAGUGAAUCCAGAUGUAAAGAUUCAGAAGGAAAUUGAAUUCAGUGCUAUUUUAUAUAUAUAUAUGUGUGCGUUUAUAUUUAUACUUCCCUGUUUGUUAUGAUGUUACAUAUGAUUUAUAUUUUAAAAGUGUGCCUUGUACAAACAAAAUAAAAUAUCUAUUUUCAGUAUAAAAAUAUACUAAAAGAAUCACCAAAGAGCAAUGUUCCACAAAGGAAAACAGGACGAAGAAUAGAAGU